CUUGUUUUCUUCCUAGUCAUCGUGUAUUGUAGUGCUAUAGAAGUAGAGUUUCAAUAAUUACAGUGCUGUUGUCAUUAAUAUUCUUUAUUAGUUUAUUUAAGCGCAGUUUAUUUUGACAAGCCAUUUAUCUCAAUCUUUCCCAUCGUCCAUAAACGCAACAAUAAUUUCUCCUCCCUCAGGCGCCCAGUGACGCGCAUGCGCGCAGCGUCGAUGCUGUAGGCUGGAAAGUUUGUAUCACUCCCGUUAAUGUUGGCGAUCACAUCACACCGCGAUGUCACAUCUCGCGAGUGGCAAGCGCUUUUUAAAAUGCUGCCGUUUAUAGAGAGGGACUAGACGAGGCUGUGGCGUUGGAAGCCACCGGACAUUACCGAGCCACUAUGCCGUGGUCCUGCGGCGAGUUGAGACCGACGAAGAGUGGAGUUCUUGCCUCCGGACACUCCGCACUGGCCUAAGCUAACAGGCUAAACCAAGUCCACCAAGGAGGAAUUGCUUGUGUCAUGCCUCAGGAGUAACAUCUUAAGCAUAGGUCACCAUCAUGUCUGACCAAAACUACUAUUGGACCGUGCUGCCCAGCUAUAAAACAAGUUUCGUGACCGGGGCCAUGAUGAAACGAUCAAGGAGUGCCCGGAACAAGAGAAGGAGUUUGGCAGUUGGCACCCCGUCGCCCACUCUCUCACGACCGCUCUCGCCUCUCCCUCUCGCCACAGCUGGCAGCAGCCCGUCUGAAAGCCCCAGGAAUGUUUCGGCCAGCUCCUCGGCCAACUUCCAGUUCGCACGCAGUCAUCUGGCUCGCAAUGAAAGAUCUGAUGGAAGGCGGUGGUCAGUGGCUUCGGUGCCCUCAUCUGGAUACUGCACUAAUGCCCCCAGUUCUUCAGUAUCUUCGUCUUCAUCCCAGGAGUUAUUGCAUCAACUGCCGCUGCAACCGACUCAAGAUGAUCUCCAUUUCUUGUUUAAACACUUCCGGAGCACUGAAAGUGUCGUGGAUGAAGAAGGCACAAACCCGUCGCCUCCUGUCAGACUUCGCUCACGCAGCCUCAGCCCUGGACGCACCUGUGGAACCUUUGACAAUGAGAUUGUCAUGAUGAAUCAUGUCUAUAAAGAACGUUUUCCAAAGGCAACUGCCCAGAUGGAGGGUCGACUCCUGAACGUCAUUGCAGAGUGCUCCCCAGGCACCGCUCUACCGUUUGCUGAUGGGGUUCUGGGUUUCAUUCAGCACCAGCUGCUAGAGCUUGCCAGAGACUGUCUGGACACGUCUCAGAAGGCCCUGGUCACAUCCAGGUACUUUGUGGAGCUGCAGGAGAAACUGGAGAAGCUCCUGCAUGAGGCCUAUGAGCGAUCUGAGAGCGAGGAAGUGACCAUCAUCACUAAAUUGGUGAAGAAGAUUCUCAUCAUCAUCUCCAGACCUGCUCGGCUCCUGGAGUGUCUGGAAUUUGAUCCGGAAGAAUUUUACCAUCGUUUAGAGGCGGCUGAAGGUCAAGCCAAGGUGGGCCAGGGCAUCAAGACUGAUAUUCCCAGAUACAUCAUUAGCCAACUCGGGCUCACCAGGGAUCCGCUUGAAGAAAUGGUCAAUCUGGAGCAGACAAGUCCAAAUCAUAGGACAGCCAGUAGGGAGUCUGACGACAGUGGAGAUACAGCGCCACUGCAGAGUCGAGCUGCGUCCACCCCACCUCGGCGGAAGCCACUGGAGAGCGACUUUGAUACCAUCAAGCUUAUCAGCAAUGGUGCCUAUGGCGCUGUAUUCCUGGUGAGGCACAAGGAAACCAGGCAACGCUUUGCCAUGAAGAAGAUAAAUCGUCAAAACCUCAUUUUAAGAAACCAGAUCCAACAGGUGUUUGUGGAGCGGGACAUCCUCACCUUCGCAGAGAACCCAUUUGUGGUCUCCAUGUUCUGUUCUUUUGAGACCCGGCGGCACCUAUGCAUGGUGAUGGAGUACGUGGAAGGUGGUGACUGCGCCAAUCUGUUGAAGAACAUCGGCCCUCUCCCAGUGGACAUGGCUCGCUUGUAUUUUGCAGAGACUGUGCUGGCUUUAGAGUACCUGCACAACUACGGCAUCGUACACCGAGACCUCAAACCUGACAAUUUGUUGAUCACCUCCAUGGGCCAUAUUAAACUGACAGACUUUGGGCUCUCAAAGAUCGGUCUAAUGAACAUGACCACCAACUUGUAUGAAGGCCAUAUAGAGAAGGACACCAGGGAGUUCAUUGACAAACAGGUGUGUGGCACACCGGAGUACAUUGCUCCAGAGGUCAUCCUGCGGCAGGGCUAUGGGAAGCCCGUGGACUGGUGGGCCAUGGGCAUCAUUCUUUAUGAAUUUCUAGUUGGAUGUGUGCCUUUCUUUGGAGACACGCCAGAGCAGCUGUUUGGCCAAGUGGUCAACGAUGACAUCAUCUGGCCGGAUGGGGAGGAUGCUCUGCCUGCUGAUGCUCAAGAUCUGAUCACCAGACUGCUGCGGCAGAGUCCCCUGGAGCGGCUGGGAACUGGUGGAACCACAGAGGUGAAGAUACACGCCUUCUUCUUGGGUCUGGACUGGAACGGCCUCCUGAGGCAGAAAGCAGAAUUCAUUCCACAGCUAGAGACUGAAGAGGACACCAGUUAUUUUGACACCAGAACAGAGCGUUACUGUCACCUGGGCUCAGAUGAUGAUUAUGAAACCAAUGACGAUGAAUCGUCACUGGAGCUUCGACAGUUCUCCUCCGUGGCUCAUCGAUUCAGCAAGGUGUACAGCAGCACUGAACAUCUGUCAACAUCUACGCCAUCCAACCAGAGUCUGUCCUCGUGUGAACGAAGCCACAGUGAGGAGAAGGAGGAUCGGUGGGAGUGCAGAGGAGUCCUCUCUCCUGGGGAGGGACUGAAAAACCUGGCCAGUGCUGACAGGACGGAUGGACACAGAGGGAGCUUGCGUCCACGUGCCUCCUCUAGCUCCUCACAGUCAGAGCGCAGUGCCAGCCCUCUGGUCAUGAACAGCACCCAGAGCCUUGACAUCAUGCCCCGCUUCGCCAUCUCCGCAGAGGAGGAGGAAGGCAUGGUCAACAACCUGCGGCGCAUUCGUCUCCGGAGCAACAGCACUGGUACAAGACCGUCGUUUCGGAGAGGGGCGUCUAGACGCAUUGCCCACCAGCUGGAAACCCCAGAGAAACCCAGAUCUCCAUCAAGCAAAGUUCCCAAAUCUGCCUCAGUGUCCGGCCUGUCCCUCAUUAUCACUCCAGAUGACACUGCAGCUCCCGCCAGUCCCAAAUCGUCCCUCUCGCUCUCGUCCAAUCCUUCGUCCCGAGACUCGUCUCCCAACAGAGACCUGUCCAUCAGCGUCAGCUGCCUCCGGCCUCCAGUCGUCAUCCACAGCUCCGGGAAGAGGUUUGGCUUCGCCCUGCGUGCAAUCAGAGUUUACAUGGGAGACAUGGAUGUCUACACAGUUCACCACAUGGUCUGGUGUGUGGAGGAUGGCAGUCCUGCACAUGAGGCAGGAUUACGCGCUGGUGAUCUCAUCACUCAUGUCAAUGGAGAGUCCGUUCAGGGACUCGUGCACACUGAGGUGGUGGAGCUCCUGUUAAAGAGUGGCAACAGAGUGACCCUGCAGACCACUCCACUGGAGAACACCUCUAUUAAAGUGGGGCCGGCCAGGAAGGCAAGUUACAAGGCCAAGAUGGCUCGCCGCAGCAAAAAGAGCAAGAAGAAAGAUGGACAAGAACGGCGCCGCAGCAUCUUCAAGAAGCUCUCCAAACACACGGCUCCUCCACCGAUGCAAAGCAGCCGCAGCUUCUCUUCAGGUUUCCAACAGUCAUCCAGCGACAGCCUGUCUGGAUCCCCGACACAGAGUCUCUCCCCUGGACCCUCCACACCCUGCCGCUCCCCAGCUCCGGACCACUCUGGAGAUUCCAGCUCGUCACCUUGCUCCAGCUCACCCAACUCCCCGGUACCUCAGGCCCGCCCCAGCUCCUUGCACGUCUUGGGCCGGUACACCAAAGCCGGUCGCUGCAAAUCCAGCACCAGCAUCCCUCCGUCUCCACUCGCCUGCAUCCCACCUCCUCAGCCCCUGUCUCCUCAGUGCUCUCCGUCGUGUCUCCCUAGCCACCCCAAGUCCUUACAGGGUUUCCAUGGCAAGACGUUGUCCCCUCCCACGAUCGCUCGGCACUCGGUGCGCCCCCGCAGUGCGGAACCUCCUCGCUCACCUCUCCUCAAAAGGGUCCAGUCUGCGGAGAAGCUGACGGGAGACAAGUCGACAGGUGGCUAUCACGGGGACCGGAAGGCCUACAGCACCCGACGGCACACCAUGGAAGUGCCUCUUUCAGAGGGCGAGGACGUGGAGGGGGACACCAUCACCGGGUUUGUGUGUGUCGGGGAACACGGUCGUCAGGGUUUGUACAUUGGAGGGCCGAGGGGUCACCAGGACUAUGCCGGCGAUCACCAUCGAUCUUCCGUCUCACCGCAACACCGCAGCAGCAACCAUCACUCCAACGACGUGGUGGUGAUGAGAAAGCUGGCUCUGUCUGAGCGCAGGGACUCAUUCAAGAAGCAGGAGGCAGUUCAGGAAGUGAACUUCGACGACAUGGAUGAAAAGGAGGAGGCACUAAGUCCUACACCUCCUGCCACUCAACAGAAGGCCUUCAAAGCGUCCUGGAUGAACCCAACCCAACCAGAACCUAGUAUUAAGCAAGAAGGAAAAGCGUCACACGUGGCUGCAGCACAGCAGAAGGCCAAACCAAAGGAGAAGGACAGUUCAGGCGUCACAACCAACAGACUGUCGAAGAAACUCUUCAUGGAGGAGAAGAAAACAUAAUCUGGCCAGGCACUGUUCUUGAUGGCUUGCAUGUGAAGACAACUGUGAGACAAUAUCCCAACUCUUCUGUAAGAUAUGCAUCCCUACACACUGUAAACAUGUCAGUGACAGCCAAAAUCAGUUUACCUACCUGUUGCUUGUUUUCACUCCUUGAAGAAUCACUGUGGCAACUGUGACUGAUACUGAACAUUUAUGUGAAAUGAACAUUAUUUAUGAUUUUUUAAGUUCCUGAAAAUGCCAAGCGAUUAAUGGAUUACAAACUGAAGCUAUGAGUAUUUUUCAUCAAUCCAGUGUUGCGUCCCAUUUAAGUCACCUUGUCCAACGCAGCUCAUCGGCUCACAUAUCGCAUGAUGCUUUCUUAUUUCUUGUUGCUCAAUGUGUGCAUCUGAAGUGGCAAUUGCACCGUCAAGUUUAGUUCUCAAUUGGAAAGGUCACUCCAAGAAUCCUGCAUGAGCAGGGAAGAUUUUGACUGAAGAUUUAGCCAGAUGCAAAGCUCCAUUUUCAUGAGUGAUAUGAAGAAAACAAGCUGCUGCUGUUCUGUGGUUCAGGCGUCUGAAGAAGAAGUGGUGGUCCCAGAACACAAUACAGACAUAUGAAAGCUACAGUUUGUUCUUAGUAGAGCUGGUCACUUGGCCUCUGCAGCCUGAACGGUAUUGAUUGUGUUCUGUUUUGUAAUCUAUAGCAAGAAUUCAAAACAAUUUGGGGCCAUUUCUAUGUGGCUCUCAUAGAAGUUCUGGUGCCAAAGCGGUUCAGCCAUUAAAGCAGGUACUGUUGUACAUACUCAUGCAUGUGUUUCCCUCCUCACCUGUCCAUACAAGGUGUUUCAGUACUGACACGCCUCCACCGUCAGACGUGCGGCCUCUAAAUACUUUAUACUGUCACCUACCUGUGUGUUCGAUCGACCCCUGUCCUGCCACACACUUAGCCUAGUGUUUGCACUAGUCACAAUAGCCGUAAUGCAGAUGUUGGUUGUUUGAAAAAUAGUGCCCCUGUUGGUUGUAAAUUAUGAACGAAUGUUUACAUUUUUUGUGUGGAUUUUUUUUUUUCUUUUUUAUCUGUGUGUGAAAAGAAUGUCAGGGGAGCGAGCCUGAAGAAAGAACAUAGACGUGAUCUCCUUUUGUAUAUUUUGAUAUAAAAGUCUUGUUGCAGUACUAAUAAAUAACCUAUGCUUUUUGUGUACAUGAUAUAAAUAAUGGAGGACCUGAGGACAGCUGUUUUUGAAAGUGACCUUGUGAAGGGAGUUGGACACUAAUGCCGGCCAUUCUAGCGAUGCUGUCUAAGGCUACGUUCAAAUUAACAAAUGUGAGUUUUGAUUGUUUGGUUUGCAGACACAAAUUUGGCCAUUUUUAUGCUUUUGUCAUUUGCAAACAUUAACAUGGACGUAUUAUUAAGAUCAAAAUUGAGUGCGCUAUGAGGGCCCUGUAAGAAGCCACUCUUUCCUUGUGUUUACCAAUAGUGGGGGGAAAAGGCUUUUACAUUCCAGACUUUGUCAUCAUGCAUCGUUUUUCUCUGCUGAAACACAAAUGUAUGUGGACUUUGACUGCAUAUAUUGUGUUUCUCCUUCCUCAAACAAAAAAAAACUGCAAUAAAUGUAAAGCAGAACAGAGUUGUGCAACACAGGGAGCUUGUUAAGUAUUGUUUUGCACAGGCUAAUACGGUUUUUAGGUUGAGGUAGGGGGUUGAAUUCUGAUGCAGACCACCUGUGAGGUAAUGAAUGAUUUUAUGUGAUUAUUUCCUUUUAUUUUCAUUAUAUUUUUUGUUCUUUUACAUUUAAACUAUGCUGCCACUCAGAUGAAGUUUGUAAUCU